UCAGGAGGGCCGAAGCGAAGGUUUUUAAUUUCACGUCUUGGGCGCUUGGCCUACCUGAAGCCAAAAGGAAAGGAAGACUUGAGAAGACCACUUUCUACUUUCUUCUUGUCCAAUCGAGAUCUUCAGCCUGCAAAAAAAUGGCUAGCAGUGGGAAAAUGAUAAACAUAUCAAAUGUUUCAAAACUGGUCCAUGACAAAGUGACCUAUAAUGGACCAUUCAAAGCCAUGCAGUACAACUGUGAGGGUGCCUUGAAUGCGCUGGCAGUCAACAAGGAUUUCUCUCAAGUCGUUGUCGCGGGCAGAGCUGUUUUUAAGAUUCUCAACAUCAAAGAGGAUUGCUUCACAGAGAACACCAAUCUGCGAGUUAGCAAGCAAAAAAGUGUAAAUCUCAAUUACUCUGCUGCGGAUGUUGCCUGGCACCCUUCUGAUGAAAACAUUCUUGCCUCAGCUGCAACAAAUGGCUCUGUUGUUAUCUGGAACCUCAGUAAAAGUGCAAAGUCAAAGCAAUCCGCCAUUUACUCUGAGCAUAAGCGGUCCGUGAACAGAGUGAUGUUCCAUGCCACGGAGCACAACCAGCUCCUCAGUGCCUCUCGCGACGGUAUCGUCAUGUUACACGAUGUCCGUAAAGCGUCGGCAUGCAUGAAAUUUGGUGUACUGGGAACAGACAGUGUUCGGGAUGCCCAGUUCUGUCCCCCCAACAUGGGCUACUUUACCUUUGCUGCUGCCUAUGACAAUGGCGGAGUGCAGACAUGGGACAUGCGGCGACCAGAUCGGUGUGAGAGACAAUUUAUGGCACAUAAUGGCCCAGUGUUUUCAUUAGACUGGCACCCAUUUGAUAAGACUUGGUGGCUUGCAACAGGUGGCAGGGACAAAAUGGUCAAGGUGUGGGAGAUGCAAAGAGGCUCUGACCGUGCCAGUAUGCCCCCAUGCCUGCACACCAUCACUAACAUAGCUCCUGUAGCCAGAGUCAAGUGGCGGCCACACAGGAAACAUCACAUCUCCAGCUGUUCCCAGCUGAUGGACCACAGUGUGAAUGUGUGGGAUGUGGGACGCCCAUACAUCCCAUUUGCUGCAUUUGAUGGUCAUUUAGAUGUGGCGACAAGCAUAACAUGGCGAGAUGACUGCCACGCAUUUCUUAGCUGUGGCCAGGAUGGCUACAUUAUCCAACACAUAUUCAGUGAGGCUAAGCGUCCGGCUGAUGAUGUCAAUCUGGCUGGCGUGGACCUCAGCAUCAAUGGAGAUAUAGGUUAUGCCUUCUCAGACAAAAGAGAUCAUACCACUGGUAGUUUAGGAAGAAACAAACGCGUUCCACGGAGUAGACAAUUUACCCUGGCUUCCAGUUCUUUAUGUUUCUUUCAGAAUUGUCAGCAAAUGGAGGAAGAGGGAGAGAUGAUGAUCUUGGGACUGUAUGAGAUUGCCCUGGAAUAUAAAUUGGAAGGAGGCUCCAUUGUGGAUAUUUGCUGGCACAAUGGCGAUGUUGCUGAGCGCUAUAAAAAACCUCAGGUGGCUCAGUCAUGGAGGAUGCUGGCAGUUAUGUACUCACCUUGCCUUGUGCAACAGUGCACUAGUCACACUAGCCGUACCUCUUCUUCCUUGGGAAAAUUGAAUCCAGCGCCUCCAAAAGAACACCAAGACAAAGCAACAAAGCCUGCCUUGAAGCGCUCUAGAGAAAAAGAAAAGAAGAAAAGUUCCCAAGUUUUGAGCCAGAGUGAGGCUACUUCAGGCAGCAAUGAUGAUAGUUCUGAUGUAGAAGCCGAGAGCUCAGAGGUUGACAAGAGUGCUCCGGAGCUACACGUUGGCACCAACUUUUUGUUUGGGGAUGGAGAACUCUCCGAUGCCUACGGCACAGCAGGAGAGAUGAAUGCAGACAACUAUGACUGGAAGCUGCAGACUCAGAUGCUGCCGUACGAGGCUUUCCAGCCCCGGCAUGAGCUGAACCCUAUGACAGACACACACCCUAUCAUGAUGGAAGAGUCAGAGAUGAUCAUGCCGGCUAUGGACUCUCUGAACAUCACACCCGAGGCAUUAAGCGAGCCCAUGCUGACUAUCAAGAGUUCACACGACAUGGAGGCUAUUGACUUCUCCUCUACUGUGGCCGACGUCAUAAAAUCCUUUGCAGAACAGGGUGAUGUACAGACAGCUGUGUCCAUGCUGAUUGUCCUCGGAGAUCACCUGACCCUCCACAUCGAUGAAGCUUAUCAAGAAAGCUGGUUCUUUGCUUACAUUGAUUUGUUGGGUCGUUAUGAGCUGUGGACCGUGUCCAAUACAGUGAUCAAACAUUCCAAGCUACUGGGCGUUUGCACACUGAACCAGAAGUCCACUGUGAUCCACACACUGUGUGCCAAGUGCUCGCGCUCGUGUGAAAGGGCACCCUGGCUUUGCGACAAGUGCAAACGCAUUACGGGUCUGUGUAGUGUUUGUCACCACCCAGUGAAGGGUCUGAUGGUCUGGUGCCAGGGCUGCUGUCACGGUGGCCACAUAGAGCACAUGCGGGAGUGGAUGGCCAUCAGCUCCCACUGCCCGGCUGGCUGCGGACACCAGUGCGAGUACGUCUGACCACAGGUUCUGAGCCCAAUGUUGGGUCAGAGCAAAGCCUCACUGUGAUAUUCUGGCUAUGCAGUUGUUACCAUCGUCUUCAUGAAGAUGCAUAACGGGUUUUCUGCUUUCAUGAUGAUGUGUAACCGGUUUUCUGACUUCAUGAAGAUGUAUAACGGGUUUUCUGACUGCCCUACCUGCAAUACGGUGUAGCCUGGAGAAGUUAUCUUUGAAUAUUGUGCUGUAUGUGGUCCUUGUUUUUAUUAUCACCCUAAAUGGCGAAAUGUAACAUUUGUCCUUUAGUCUUGCUGUAAACUGCAAGUAGUCCCUAAUUGGGUGGGAAUGCAGAGCCUAUAUUGUUGGUAUAGCUUUAGUUCUUGCCACAAAGCGUCGAUGUUCCGAAGGUUUUGUACCUGCUUUGAAAUUUGGUAAGAUCCUUAUCAAGUAAUAUUCUUUCACCUCUACUUGCAGUAUACCCAUUUUGCUUACCCUUAAGACAGAAGUAGAAAAAUUUUAAGUAUAAUUUUUUAUGCAUUUUCUAUGGCAAAUGUUUGCCUUUGACAGCUCCAAAUUAAAGGGAAGGCAUUUUCUUUUCUAAGAGUGAGAUCGAAAUUGGAAAGCGUGUUGAAAAGUCAAGAUACACUAUCCCUAAGACAAAUUGCCCUAUGCAUCUUCCUUUUCUUUAUUACGAGAAUGUAGUUUAUCUCAUUUGCUGAAUUUCACCCAAUUUACAAGCUAAGUUUAUCCCUUCAUGUAAAUAUGACGAGUCCCGACGAUUUGGUUCACUAGGUACAUGUUUCGUUAUUUGAGUUUUUGGUACAGAUGCAAAGAAGACAUAAUUCCCCUUCAUAUGACAUCAAUAUCAAAUGAAUACAAUAAUAUUUAACGAAAUGAUGCACAAUUCAAUUUUGGAAUGCUUUUCUGCUUUCUGAGGCAAAAUACUGAUAUAUUCCCAAUCAAAGAUUUGACAAAUACUACCAUCACAGAACAAAGUCGUUCUCCAAAAUAGCUUUAGAAACACAUUUAACUGCAAAUUUUAAAGAUUGUUUUUUUUUCCCCCGACAGAUAAGUCAUUCAAAAGUCUAAUAAAGGAAAAAAAAUUGUUGCUUAUUUUUAGACCCAA